CAGAUCUUGACCCAUUAACACGGGAACCGAUGUCAGAGCAGUGUCGCUUUAUAUAUUUUUAGCUGGUAGGCGGGAGCGGGGUUUUCGUUGAGUGAAGCGGUGAGCGGUACGUCAAACGCCGUACGCGGAGCAUUCGGCAGGCUCGCCGCGCGGUCGGGUCAUGCUCAUGAGAAAAUGACAACUCGAGGGAUUAGACGGAAGAAAUCAUCGCUGUCCGAAGUGAAAGUGGCAGUGGUCGGUGCACCAUCGGUCGGCAAAAGCGCACUCACGGUUCGAUUUCUUACAAAAAGAUACAUCGGAGAGUACGACCAUCAACAGGAAAGCAAAUACAAACACGAGGCGCUCUUAGAUGGGGAGCCAAUACUUUUCGAAAUUUUAGAUACCUGUCCAAAGAGUUUGGACGAUCUCCCGGGGAAUGAAAUAGCACAAUGGGCCGAUGGCCUGUUCCUAGUUUAUUCAAUAACUGAUAGAGAUUCAUUUAACUAUGUACGGAGAGCGAAGCAGAGUUUGCAACCCGAAGUGCCGUUAACCCUCGUCGGUAACAAGGCAGAUAUGGUGCAUUUGAGACAGGUGAGCCCUGAAGAAGGAGAAAUAUUAGCUAAGGAUUUUGAAUGCAGCUUCGCAGAAGUUGCAGCCGCGGAACAGGUGAAUCAAGUAGGCGAGGUGUUUCACGACCUUUGCCGAGAAGUACUCACGCAUAGAAGGAGAGCGAAACAUAGUCUUCUAGACAGAAUGCUGGGCUCGAAGACGGCGUACAGAGUCUACUCUCGGGGAAAAAGUGACAGCGCGUUACCAAAAGACUAAAAUAAUUAGUUUCAGCAUUUAGUUAUACUGAUAACCUAUUUAUAUUUCCGUCGAUUAAAAAUGAUUAUUUGUGUAAGCCUUAUAAGCAUCAUUUCAUUAAAGAAAAAUAUCCUUAUGAAGUACGUCAAAUAGGUACAUGCUAAUAUUUUUGUAUGUGUUAACUAAAUAAAUACGUUUAUAUGUAUAUACAUAUUUUAUG